AAGCCGCCCACCGAUUCUGGAACUCCCGCUUCAUUGGGCCUCGGGUCUUCUCGGAUCUCCUAGAUUUGCCCUCCCAGCGCCGGCAGCCCGCAGCCCACUGCCUCGGAAAGCUGUCGAUCUCGCGGCACCUCCCGCCCACUGCCCCUCGCGGCACUCCGAUUGGCCGCUCGCCUCCAGAGCCCGUGAUUGGUGUCCCGGGAACAGCAGCCGCCUUCCAUUGGCCCGGCGGCGCCGUCCGUCAAGCCGGCGUCGGGAGGGGGCGUCCCUCUCCCCCCUCGUCGUCUUUCCAGCCGCUGGGUUCCCAGAGUGCUCCGCGGCCGUGUGGAGCGAGGCCUUGUUCCCGCGUUGAGCCGCUGCUGCCGCCGCCGCCUCCUCAGCUUCAGCCUCCGCGCCAGGCCCGGCCCCGCCGCGCCAUGUCGGACUACAGCACGGGCGGAGGGUCAGCCGGGGGCCCCUCGCAGCCGCCUGGCGGGGGUGGCCCGGGAAUCCGCAAGGACGCCUUCGCAGACGCAGUGCAGCGGGCCCGCCAGAUCGCAGCCAAAAUUGGAGGUGAUGCCGCUACAACAGUGAAUAACAGCACUCCUGAUUUUGGUUUUGGAGGCCAAAAGAGACAGUUAGAAGAUGGAGACCAACCGGAGAGCAAGAAACUGGCUUCCCAGGGAGACUCCAUCAGUUCUCAGCUCGGACCCAUCCAUCCUCCCCCCAGGACUUCAAUGACAGAAGAGUACAGAGUCCCAGAUGGCAUGGUGGGACUAAUCAUUGGCAGAGGAGGCGAACAGAUUAACAAAAUCCAGCAGGAUUCGGGCUGCAAAGUGCAGAUCUCUCCAGACAGCGGUGGCCUACCCGAGCGCAGCGUGUCCUUGACAGGAGCCCCGGAGUCUGUGCAGAAAGCAAAGAUGAUGCUGGAUGACAUCGUCUCACGGGGUCGUGGGGGCCCCCCAGGACAGUUCCACGACAACGCCAACGGGGGCCAGAACGGCACAGUGCAGGAGAUCAUGAUCCCCGCGGGGAAGGCCGGCCUGGUUAUCGGCAAAGGUGGAGAGACGAUUAAGCAGCUGCAGGAACGGGCUGGAGUGAAGAUGAUUUUAAUCCAAGAUGGAUCCCAGAACACAAACGUGGACAAACCGCUCCGGAUCAUUGGAGACCCUUACAAAGUACAGCAAGCCUGUGAGAUGGUGAUGGACAUCCUUCGGGAGCGUGACCAGGGUGGCUUCGGGGACCGGAAUGAGUAUGGAUCCCGGAUCGGCGGGGGCAUCGAUGUGCCAGUGCCCAGGCAUUCUGUGGGGGUGGUCAUCGGCCGGAGUGGAGAGAUGAUCAAGAAGAUCCAGAAUGAUGCGGGUGUUCGGAUACAGUUUAAACAAGAUGAUGGGACGGGUCCUGAGAAGAUAGCUCACAUAAUGGGGCCCCCAGACCGGUGUGAGCACGCCGCAAGGAUCAUCAAUGAUCUCCUCCAGAGCCUCAGGAGUGGUCCCCCGGGCCCUCCAGGGGGUCCUGGCAUGCCCCCAGGGGGCCGAGGUCGAGGAAGAGGCCAAGGCAACUGGGGCCCUCCCGGUGGGGAGAUGACCUUCUCCAUUCCCACUCACAAGUGUGGGCUGGUCAUCGGCCGAGGUGGCGAGAACGUGAAAGCCAUAAACCAGCAGACGGGCGCCUUUGUAGAGAUCUCCCGGCAGCUGCCACCCAACGGGGACCCCAACUUCAAAUUGUUCAUCAUCCGGGGCUCGCCCCAGCAGAUCGACCACGCCAAGCAGCUCAUCGAGGAGAAGAUCGAGGGUCCCCUCUGCCCAGUGGGACCAGGCCCCGGGGGCCCAGGCCCUGCCGGCCCCAUGGGACCCUUCAACCCCGGGCCCUUCAAUCAGGGGCCACCCGGGGCUCCCCCUCAUGCUGGAGGCCCCCCUCCUCACCAGUACCCACCCCAGGGCUGGGGCAAUACCUACCCUCAGUGGCAGCCGCCUGCUCCUCACGACCCGAAUAAAGCCGCAGCUGCCGCCGCAGACCCCAACGCCGCCUGGGCCGCCUACUACUCACACUACUACCAGCAGCCCCCAGGCCCCGUGCCAGGCCCCGCACCGGCCCCCGCGGCCCCGCCCACCCAGGGCGAGCCCCCCCAGCCUCCACCUGCCGGCCAGUCGGACUACACUAAGGCCUGGGAGGAGUACUACAAGAAGAUCGGCCAGCAGCCCCAGCAGCCCGGCGCGCCCCCGCAGCAGGACUACACGAAGGCCUGGGAGGAGUACUACAAGAAGCAGGCUCAAGUGGCCACGGGAGGGGGUCCAGGAGCACCCCCAGGCUCCCAGCCAGACUACAGUGCCGCCUGGGCCGAAUAUUACAGACAGCAAGCCGCUUACUACGGACAGACUCCAGGUCCUGGCGGCCCCCAGCCUCCACCCACACAGCAGGGACAGCAGCAGGCAAGUGGGAAUUGCCACCCUCCUCCUCCUCCUUUCUCCUUCCAACCCCCGGCUACCGUCCAUCCUGCCUUAGUGGGUAGCGCCGGAAAUCCCUUCCCCUGCGGGGUGUGUCCUUGAUGCCUGCAGCGGGGGCCGCGUGGCCAGAGGUCUCCGGGAGUCCCCACGCGCCGGGGGAAGUGUGUGCUGGGUCCAGAGGUUAAACGAAGAGGCCUCCCUCCGCCGGCCCGCUUGUUCCUGUGUAACGCUGUCAUGAUGCUGGGGGAGACGGCGCGAAACAAAUAAAAGGAGGAACUGUUGAACUGGUGGGUAGUCCUGGGGGUGGGGGGCAGGCCGUCCGCUCAGAUGCUGGUCGCCAUCCUGGCUGCUAACUCACUCACUCAAAAUCUGGCCACUUGGGAAGAAAAUGGAUAUUUUUUCCCCGCUCUGCAUUACUUUCAUGGUUUUUGUUCUUUUGAUUCUUUUAUUUUUGAAACCACGAUCUCUCCCCGCGUGUCCAAGUGACUGUGUGUACUGCAAGCGGCCCCGUGCGGCUCGGCCGUGGCCUGGCCGUGGCUCCUCCCGUGGCUCCUCCCGUGGGCUGUGGGGAGGUGCCGAGGGGCCUGGGCCCUCCCGCUCCGCCCAGGCUCGGCCUCUCUGCUCCCGUGCCUGCCUUGUGUCCUGGUCUUGUCUGUGAAGUGGGCAUGACGAUCGCUGCCACCUUCCAACCUACCUCACAGGGGUGUUGUGGGGACACCGUGAUCUCUGACUGUCAUGUUGUGAUGCGCCGGGCCGCCAGCCCUCCUUCCUGAAGACAGGGCCCCUCCCCCCUCCCCUCCCCUCCCCUCCC